AUGAGCAAAUACGAAGGCGGCGUGCUGGUCACCAGAAGUCUCGUAAUGGGUGUUUAUCUUGCAAGCCCUGUUGCAAAGCAAUUCCGCUUCAUCCAGGAUCGCCCAAACGAUCCGUCCUCGAGCACUUCCAUCCUACUGCCAGAAAUCUCGCUGGUGAUCCCCGGCCAUACUGAGUAUGAACGCCGGGCGUUCAACUAUUUCCUCAAUCGAGCGGCGCCCAUCUUCGCAGGUUCUUCUGAUACUGGCUUCUGGAAAGACCUGGUACCACGACUGGCUCAGAGCCACGAGUUUGUCUGGAACAUGGUAGUUUGCAUCAGCUUACUGCUUGAACAUGUCCCUUACGGCUCACUGACGACGGUGUUCGAUGCUGUCAAACCCCCGGUUAUUACCAAUCACCAACAUCGUCUCGCGCUUCAGUUCUAUAAUAAGGCCAUUAGCGACGUGAGAGUCCUGGCUGAAAGAAACGAGAUGGAUGAUUCUGUGGCUUUACUAAGUUGCGUACUAUUCGCGACGGUGGAAUUCCAACAGAGACACGUCAAAACCGGAAGAGCGUUGGUCGAACGGACCUGUCGAAUAUUGAUUCAAAUGCUCUCAAAGCAGCGGACUUCGCCAACAAGUCUCGCUGUCCAGCAAGUGGUUGGGCCUUUUGUCUUACGAAAAGCGGUUCUGAUGGCUACACUCGGCACGGUCUUGCCGCCAGAAUGGAUUGCCAAUGUACAAUCAAGUUCGGGGCUACAGAUGGCAUUGUCAAGGCUGCCAGCGCUCAACGAAGCUCGACUGCAGUUCCACGGCCUCGUGUAUCAAUGCUACGAAGUUAUUCGAGUAGCUGAACUGGUCCCGGAAGAUGACCCAACCGACCCUGGAUUUCAUAGGUUUGUCUCGACAAGAACGGCAUUGUUGGAGAGUCUUUUGAAUUGGAAGACCAUCUUCCACAGAGAUUGGGGACCGAGUCCUGAUGCCGAAGCCGAAUGGAUGCACUCGUACAUAUCGAUGUAUUGGGCUGUCUGUUAUGUCUCUCUAGCCGGGUGUGCCAGCCGCCUCGAAACUACGUAUGAUCAGUACAGGGGGUUCUUCGUCGAUAUUGUCCACCAUGCGGAGUGUUAUUUGCAGAUGGUUGCGGAGUCCCCCACGUAUCAACAGGCUUUAAGCGUCGAUCCCGGUUGUAUGCCGCCAUUAUAUUUCUGCUCCAUGAAGUGCCGAGAUCCGGUGAUCAGGAGGAGAGCACUGGAGUUGAUGCGCGUAGCUCCACAACCGGCGAAUCGAUGGGCAUUCAUCACCCCAGACCGAGUUGUAGAGAAGGUCAUCUUGAGAGAGGAGGAUCGAGUGGAACUUUGCACCUCUGCCGAGAUGGAAGGUUUCAAAACCGUCUCGUGGCCACCAGAGCGUCGCCGCUACGCACAUACGAGCGUAUUCAACCGACCAUGGUCAGGCGGCCGAGAACGUCUGGCCGUACAACUGAGCAGGUUUGCUCCUGUUCCCAAUUCUAAGAGAACUGAGUUGGUUCACGAAUACAUCUGGCUGGAUGAGAGCGACGACGACCUAGAUCUGCGAAAACAGAUUGGUAGAACAAUGGAAGGCCUCACUCAAACUGCACACAUAAAUAGCGCCGAUUUAUGUGAGCCCAACAGAUGA